ACAACUAACGUCACGACUGCAGCGCUACGCGACGACCUUAUCGAUUUGAUCGUAUCGUAGGCACUAUCGUGAAAUUUUGUCAAUGAUCAAGGUACCGUGUGUUAAUCGUGAAAUAUCUGUAUACCUACUGUCUUAUUAUACUAUUAUAAUUUAUUGAAGAUUUGCAUACCGUUACGUACCUAUUUGACUUGGUUAUAGCGUUUUAUAGUCUAUUCAUAAUCAUUAUCUAGUUUGGCAAAGCUUGUGUACGGUUUUUUUACACAAACAUACAUAUUACGACUAUAUCAAAGAUGAAACAGAUUACUGAUCUACAAAAUAAUAGCUAUGAUUUUUGGAACAUGCAGAAAUAUAUAACCAAUAUGUUUGAAUGUAUACCUAAUAAUCAGGAAUUAUUUAAUAAGAAGUUUGUUUUACUGCACAUAAAUUGUCAUACUCAUAAUGGGGAACAAUAUUAUUUUCCUGCUGAAAUCGCAGCACUGGAAUUUAAUUUAUUAAACGGCGUCUCUCGCACAUAUCAUCAAAUUAUUGGUCUCUCUAAAAUUUAUCCGAGAGGUUUUGCUGGAGGUAUGAGACAAUUUUCUGAUGAAUUUCAUCAAAUUUCUUGUUGGCAGGAACAUCCGGAUGAUUAUCAAAAUAUAUUAAUGGAAUUUACAACAUUUUUAAAGGAUGGAACCAACCUUACAGAUUUACAAGAAGGCGCUCUGGACUUACCAUAUUUAUACACUCUAGAAUCAGACAUUGUUACAGAUAUGAUGAAAACUAAAAGUAGUUUGGAAAGACUAUACUCCACAGCUUUUCCGAAAGUUGAUGCUGAACAUUUAAAGUCCAUAUUCAAAAUAGGAAGUAUUGAGAGAUUAUUGUUGGAAGUCAAAAAAAAAUUGAACUUGCACUUAGAUCAACGUAAUUUAAGAUCAGGAAUGUCAGUUCAUGAAAUUUUAGAAUCUGAAAUGUAUGGACAAGGUCUUGGUUGUAUGUACCAUGAGAAAAGAGAUAUUGCAUUCAAAUGUUCCAAAGCUCGCAUUCUUCAGUGGAUGUCAAAUAUUUGUACCCACAUAAAUACAUACUCUGGCUUACAGCUUGUACCUGGCAAACACAUUGCAGUUCAAUUAAGAGAUGGUUCAAGAAUGAUUGUUGAAAAUGAAGAUUUGCCUCUCUCGAAACAAGAUUUAAAACUAGAAAACAUAAAUUAAUUUACAUUUCCAUCACAUUUUUUUUUUUUUUAAUACAUGACUACAUCUUGUAAUACAAUUGCUGCUAAUUAAUAAACUUAAAAAAAAAUAUAUUAAAAUUAAAA